AUGGAGGUACGCUGCGGUGCGCUUGCGGAGGCGGGGUGGUCUUCACGCAUCCUCGUAGUUGACGUUGUCUGUGUUGUCACCGGCGCCGAUCGGACAUUUUAUGGCGUAGUUACGGAGAACCUGGACCUGGCGUCCUGGGACUGGCCCCGCGUGGAUGGGCUCCAGUGGGUCUUCCAUGACGGGAAAAGCAUAAGACUCUGGCAAGAGUGCGUCCAGCGUCCCCAUCUCAUCAAUGGCGCAUGGGACUUCGACGUAGAAUCCAUCGUUGCAUGCUACGAGACGGACAGCGGUCAUCUCUACUAUGGCGUGAAGUGGGCAGGGUAUGAGUGCCCCACGUGGGAGACUGAAAAUGACAUCCGCUCAUACAGUCACCUACUUUCCGGGCAUGACCAGGUCUGCGAGUGCACGCCCAAUACCGGUUUCUCGCCGGGAGCUACGUUAAGAGGGCUGCAAUAUGGCUCCUUUACCUAUUGUGUGGACGUGUAA